AAAAUAGAAAUCGCAAGAGAAAAAAUAUCGUGAAGAGGUUUGACAGACUUAGUUUGUGUUUUGGCAUGCACCAUGGCACUUCAAGAGUUAGGUCAUUCAUUCGUCUCGGUUGAGUUUGAAGUAUUUGGAAAAGUACAAGGUGUUUACUUCACCAAAUAUUGCAGAGACCGAAGCACAGAACUCGAUAUUGUCGGGUGGGUAAAGAACAGUAAAAGAGGCACUAUAAUGGGUAAAAUGCAAGGACCAAAAUCAAAUGUUGAAGUAAUGAUCGCAUGGUUGUCUAAUGAAGGAAGUCCUGGCAGUAAAAUUGAGCGAUGUGAUCUGAUGAACUUUGAAUACUUGGCAAGGAAAGAGUUCAAUGGAUUUAGCAUAAGAUUUUAAACAUCCUUAAGAAAUAAUAUUUUAUUUAUGCAGAUAUUAUAAGAAAUAACCCUAAAUUAUUGAUGUAAAAAAAAAAAGACAUACUCUCAUAUUGUUAAAUUUUUAUACAUUAUUUAUUAUUUUUAAAAGUCGA